AUGCGGAUGUUGAGUGUUCUCGGCGAAACGCCAGGGGUAUGCUUUGAAGCCGUCAUCCCAUCCAACAUUUUCGCGAAGCGUCAGCAGCGGGCAAAACGUGGGCCGCAGAGAUUUUCCCUGUCAAUUAACAUCUUUGGCUCAAGGGAGGCCGCAGAUGAUGUAGCCCUCAGACUGUCAAAAGCGUCUGCAUAUCUCCAACACCCACAGUCGUUACGUGCGGGAGUUGAGUAUCGCAACCCACAGUUCCUCACCUUUGGUGAAGACUUAAAUAUGAGAGACCUCGUCGGCAUAGGGAAUGAACCCUCGUGGGUUCUUAAUACUAAGAUUUCAGAAGAGGUCGAGAGAAUACUCGAGUCGUUGACACACACAGAUGUGGGUACAGGGGAGAAAUUGCAGUUACCCUCCGAGCUCACCUCAACGCUAAAAAGUAGGCACCAAGAGGAUGGUCUGAGAUUUGUCCUUCAACGGGAAGAAGAAACAUUUAACCAAGGCCUUUCGGCACGGCUACACCGAGUCGUUCGAUUUCGAACCGAACCACGACCAUCUACCUGCUUCGGUGGGUUGGUUGCCGAUGCGAUGGGGCUCGGCAAGACGCUCACGAUGCUGACGGCCAUCUCGCAUUCUAUGCCAGAAGCGGAGGACUUCAGCAACUUUUACGACAAGGGCGUGGGGAAAGUUCCUACCAAGGCGACAUUGGUGGUUGUAUCGUCGGCUCGUAAUAGCCAUUUUUCCCCUGGAGCACUUAGUCCCGUUCGUUUCCAUGGUCAAUACCGGCCCCGGGACACAGAUAUUCUGAGGUCAGCUGGCUUAGUACUCACUACGUAUGCAACACUAGCCGCCGACUAUGCUAGGCGACGUGUCCUCCAUCAAAUGGAGUGGUAUCGCGUGGUACUCGACGAAGCUCAUUGGAUCCGAAACUCCAGUUCCAAGCAAUUUCGAGCGGCAGCAAGCCUCCAUACUAGGAGGAGGUGGUGCCUUACGGGUACUCCCAUCCAGAACAAACUUGAGGACUUGAGCUCUCUGGCUCAGUUCCUCCAACUUCCACCUCUGUCAACCAAACCAGCUUUUCAGAAGCACAUUCUGGACCCGCUUUCGGAAGGCGGGCCGGACUUCGCAAAGCCCCUUCGGGCAUACCUGGAGGCUUACUGUUUGCGGAGGAGUGAGAAUUGUCUAGCUCUACCUGCUUCCCGGCAAGAAAACGUAACGCUCCAACUUACGUCCGAGGAGCAACAUCUUUACGAUCGUUUAUUAAAGGACACAAGGGAGCAAAUUGAUUCUCUCGUUAGUAACGGAAGUGAUACCAGCAGCCAGCUUUUCACAGCCAUGCUAAGAAUGCGCAUGCUCUGCAACCUUGGAACAUUCUCAACGGUCGGAGCCAGGGUGGAUGCUUCGGGGCGACAGCGUGUAGAAAUCGAAUGCGAACGCUGCUCAGCCACGCAGCAAGGCACCCUUACGCUUCUGGACGGCUACUCGUUCUGUCCAGACUGUGGAAGGCCAUUGAACCGAGUCAGUCCCUUACCGGACUCUGCCAACAGUUGGGAAAGCGGCGCGGAGAGCAGCCGUGAUGGUGCAGACAUGAUGCUAGACGACCCACCCGCUGGCUUUUCUACGAAACUCGCCGCAGUUGUGCACAACAUUACGCACAGUGAGCCGGGUACCAAGAGCAUUGUCUUUUCCUACUGGGCAUCCACAUUGAAUCGCCUCUCCGAGCUACUGGUAGAAGCGAAAAUCACACACUGUCAGAUUGAUGGCGGGGUGAGUUACGUGGAGAGAUCCAAACGCCUUCAGGCCUUUAGGGAAGACGCCCAAGUUCCGGUUCUGCUCAUGUCCAUUGGAACUGGCGCUGUCGGAUUGAACUUGGCAGUCGCCAACAAAGUGCACAUCGUUGAGCCUCAGUGGAAUCCAUCUGUGGAAGAACAGGCCAUUGCACGCGCCCUGCGAAUGGGGCAGACUCGAGAGGUUACCAUCGUCCGAUACAUGAUGGAAAACACAGUGGAGAAGAAUAUCGUCAACCUCCAGAAAAGGAAACGAGAGCUUGCAAAGUUCACCUUCAACACGGGGACCGAAUCCUCUUUAGAGACACUCGAGGAUCUCAAGUCAGUGCUGGGGGUGGGUUUUAAAUAG